AUGUGUCUGAUGAUGAUGAAUAAAUAUGCUCUAACAGGGCUGUGCCCUUUCUUUCCUGGUACAGGUCCUGGAGCUGACAUAAAGACACCUCCUAAUCUUCAUGAUCAGCCAGCCCUAGCACUGCUGUCUCCACUCGCUCGCCUCUAUAUCUACGCCCUGCAUGGGUGUGUGUGUGAAGUGGUGUUCACUGCUGCCUGGAACUGGUACUACACUCGGGACCGGAGGCUCUCUGGCUACACCAGUUUGUGGGCACUCCUCAUCUACAGCUCGGCCAUCUUUAUCAUGGAGUUCAUAAGUGCAAAGCUACACCAGAGACAUUGCCCACUACUGCUAAGGUUGGCCGUGUACAUCCUCUUCAUAUACCUGUGGGAGUUCAGCUGGGGUUUCACGCUCAGGUUGUUGCAGGCAUGUCCCUGGGACUACUCAGAUUUCAGGUAUAAUCUUAUUGGACUGGUGACGCUGGAGUACGCAGUGCCGUGGGCGUUGGCUGCUUUCUUAGCAGAGCAACAUGUGAUCAAGAACACUCUAAAGAUACGAAUGGAGGGGGAGUUAAUGCUCUCCAGAUGAUGAGGUGCUUCCAUCAGGAUUGUAUGCAUUGUUUACAUUAAAGUUACAACAAAUGCUUGUCCUGGUGAUGUAAUUUCAUUUUCAUGUAGAAUCAUAAUCAAUAAUCCCUGGUGAAAUUUCAAUAUUUUUCAUUAACUCAUUUAAACUCCUUCUAGAG